AUGCCAGUUACUGAGCAUGAAUGUAUAAAAAAGAUUGUACACUUGGGUAAUCUUAUAAAGGAGACAGCAGAGCAUGAACAACAAAAGAGGCGAAGUUUCAGAGAUGAGGGAGUAGCUGUGCUACAAACUUUCAUAAAGUUGAGAUAUGAUUAUCUGCUUCGAUUGGAAGUUGCCGACGCAACCUUCUCAGUCCAUAAAUACAAAAAUGAUAGUGAAUUCUUAGAGAAAGUGAUGAUCUCCUUUCAUGAUAUACAUCCCUUGAAGCCUGAUUUUGUGAAAUGGUGCAUGUCAAAGAUGUUGGGAGCACAACUCGGUCGAGUCGUGAAUGAACGUGCUGGUAAUUUGGUUCAAGCUAGCAUCCUCCAGUUAUCAAAGCUUCUAUGCGAUGAAGAUCAUAGAACAUUAGUCAUAGAUCUGAUAGAGCAGCUUCAUGGUGUGUUAAAAGGAUCAGACCGUAUAAGCUUCUUGCCACACGUCGAUAGUGAGCACGAAUUCUAUCUAAAUGUUCCAAUAUCUCCUCUUAAUGGAAGCGAUGUGACUGUUUUUAAAUCCAUACUAUAUCUUUUUAUUCAUGGUUCCUUCAACUUUGAGAUUCUAUCAGCAUAUCAUCUACUCAAGUUCUGGCUAGUCCUGCUUAAGAUCUAUAACAUUCAAAACAUCGAACUGAGGACGCUUUGCGUUCUUAUUUUUCAAAAGCUGGUAGGUGCCGAUCUAGGGAAUUGGGUAAUCUGCAGAAUUCUCAUGGACAAACUUCUCCAGGUUGAGAAGAACAUCUCUGAAAAUCUCUCAACUUAUUCCACAAGCUUACAAGAAGCCCAUCAUUCCUUCUUCUUGGUUUUUGCAGACAAAUUGAAGAAAUUCGAAGACGCUAACCUCUUGAAGAACAUUGACAUUGAAUCUUUGAUAUUGUGGGGGAAAACGAGCGUAGAACUCUCAAACUGUUAUCCUAGUCCUCCUCCGAGAAUCACAAAGCUGGCAGUAGUUUUCUGUCAUAUUUUGAGUAAGCUGAACAAUAAGGAAAUUUGUAGAAACGAAAAUUUCAAGGAAAUGAUCCGAGAUAUACAGAAAUUGAUAUCGACCAUAUUAAGCUUCGAUGACAGCCAAGUUAUGAUCGAUCAUUUAGUACCUUACAUGACUUUGCUCUUGAGAGUUGACAGUCUCACGGAAACGAAAUUGUAUAGCAACUGGAUAUGCGGCAUAACCAUGAAGAAGACAUCAACGUUAACAAGAGAGGAGAAGCCAGUAGAAUCCAUCCUGAUCCGAAGAGUGGUUAUGGCAUCUUUGAGUCGUUGUCGUACUCCUCUCGCUACAGAAAUCCUACCGAAGAUCUUACCGGAUCAGAAUUCUCUUGUUCAGAUGUUAGACAGAGCUUGUGACAAUGGCUCUUCAGACAUAGUUCGUUCUCUACUAGAGAUGAUUGGUGAUGUAAUCACUGAAAAUGUGUUUCCUCCAGCAUUAACUGUAGCAUUCCUCUCAGUCCCAUGGCUUACAGAUCCAGAGCUUGUUCUUGCUUCCAAACGUCAUUUCUUAUCCAUUAACCUAUUAAAAGACUUUGUAAGAACUGCUAAGAAGGGACAGCAAAUACUAACUGACCAAAUCCGAGAAUGCUCAUUGCGUCCGCUCGCUCACAUCAAGGGGUUUUCCGAAUGGAGACGAAUCAUAUUCUUGUCUGCCUUGCAGAGCAAAAAACGUAAUCUAGUCUUGAUGGCACUGUCCAACAUUGCUACGUUCAUUGCUGUGUCAGAAUCGUCUUCCUUCAAUAUUCUUGUAUCAGCCACUCUAGAUCUAUUCUUUUCUCCAAACACCUCUGUGGAGCUAUCAAGAAUCCUAUCAGCCUUAUCCGCUUGUGUUUGCGCUUCUCAUCCAGCAGCCACUGUUCCUUUCAAUUCCAUUGAUUGCAAGCAUUGUCUAUCACUUCGAUUAGGGAAGGGAGAUGGGUUUCAAUGGGACAGCAAAAACGCCCUGAAGCUUCCAGAAAGGCUUCUCCUAUUCUUGGAAAACAUUCUGAAAUUCAAAAAUAUUUCCACAUAUGAUAGACAUACUCGUUUAGAGGCUGCCAUUCUGUUAUCCUGUUGUAUGUGUCACAGUGCUGGGAUAGAGUUCUUCCCAAUGAAUGUUUUGGAAAACAGUUUGAACCUGAUGGCAGAAGUCGAUGAAGAAAUACAAAUGGAAUACUACUUUCCUCUAAAACUUAUCAUUUCUUCGAAAGUAUCAGAAUCUUUACUAGGCAGUGUCAGAUCGCAUAUCCUCGCUUAUGAAAAAAUCGAAGAGGAAGAGCAAACUUUACUUGUUGCCAAUCAUAUGUGCCAUUUCCUGGUUAUCUGCGCAAAAGAAGCAUAUCAUCAGGACAUCCGUUCGCUAGCUUUCCAGCAUCAUUUCAGUAUGGUGUUACAAUUUGGAACUAGGGAGCUCUUUGCUUCAAUGCGAGUUCUCAUUCGAGAUUUGGCAUCAGCCAGCAAGAUUGAUUCAGUUCAGUUAUUUGAACGCAAAGUUCAGGUUUUGAGCGAAGAAAUUUCAAACGAUCUGGUGUCAUCUGUCCAGAGAGUUCAAUUAGAAGGAGCUGUGGAUUUGAAACAAUCAGCCAUAGCUGUGAUAGACGAUGUGCUUGUCACGGCUCAAAAAAUAUUUGCAUUUGAGAGCAUAGAAUUAUUAAUAGCUUCGUGUGGCAAGUUUCUGAUUCCAGCUUUUUUUCUGGUAGAUGAACCGCUCCAGAAUGUAUCGCGCGUUAUACUUGACAGGAUACGACAUCACAUUCACGUUACGGAAGCUGAGCUAGGAACAGAGUUUUUCCCUUCUUUGUUAUCUUUCCGGCUGUUGAAAAAAAUCGACGAUGAUAACAGGUCUCUCCUGUUCGUUCGUCAUUACUGUGGAAUCGAAACUAGCAUGCUAGUUAAUCAAAGACGAUACUUCUGCAACUUGUUUUUGAUUCAUAUGUUGUCGGUCGAUCAAGAAAAAUGUCUCGAACUCAUUUUCGAUAUAAAUAUGGAUAUAGUACCGGCACCUUUGAACCUAACCAAAGUCAUAAGUGUCAAUUGCGAAUAUCUAGGAUUGCUUCUUCAUUUCCGUAGAACACUUUUCGAUGAUGUUUUCUAUGAGCUUCGUCAUAUUCUGCUUGCCAGCUUCGCAGCUUUCAUCAGAUUAUUAGAGAGCAGCUUCAUUUCACAGAUUGUAAACAAACUCAUGGUUGUUCUCCGUGCUGCUACUACAGUAGGGGAAGGAUCUAUACCAUCUUGGAUUGCUUUUGUGCAACGUCUGGAAACUAGAGAGUUGGAAUCUCUCUUGCCUCAGAUACUCAUAGCUAUCCAACCACUUAUGCGAUAUGAAGCAGCGAACGAUCUUCUGGAGCUGAUUUUUGAGCAAAAAGGGCCUUUGGAAGUUGAUCAAUGUGAGAAUUUCAAAAGAACUGCCUUGGUUCUCAUUAAUCGUGACAGUGCUGGAUCUUCUAUAGUUGAAAAGUAUUUGAGACGAGUAUCCGUUACUGACGCUCGAGAUCGUGUUGUUAAAGGAUGUGUUAGAAUGCUUAUUGAUGAGUGCGAAACUGUUGGAAAAGUAGUUCUGGAGAAGCUGAUAACUACUUUGGAUGGAACUUCAUUGGAUGAUGUCCUAGCCGCCGAAUUGGUACCAGCCUUGUUCCACUGUCUACGUAGGUGCAGUGAAGCCAAUGUUCGACUACUGGCUGCUAGGUGUCUUGGACGAAUAGGAGCAGUAGAUCCUGGUCGUCUUGGGCUAUCACUAACGAAUCGUCGGUUAACUAGUGAUGCCUUAGUCUUCGCAGGUGACAAAGAUUUCAGUGCUGACUUGAUUGAACGGUGUUGGAGAGUUUACUCAACUGUCAAUAAUGCUUUCAUGAUCGAUCAGAUAGAGUAUUCGAUUCAAGAGCUGUUGGCUAAGCUUGUGGGGCAAGGAGAUGAAGAAGGAAUUAUGAAUAAGUUGCAUCCAGAUUGCCGUAGAGAUAUUGAGCCCUUGCGUCAUACACAUUUGAAUCCAACUCGUGAAACGAAGCUUUUGGAGGAACUACCUAUUGUUGAUAAUGUUACCGGGUUCGACGAAUGGUUACAACAAUGUUAUUUGCUGGGUGCAGCUCAUGUUCGUGGUUCUCCUAUGAGAGAAGUUUUUCGAGCGUUGAAAUGGAUAGUCAACACUAAAACAACCAUCUUCACUAAGCAUAUUUUAUGUCAGCUGAUCAUUCGUCUCUUAGUCGAGAAUCCUGUGGAUAACAUUAUUGACAACUAUUCUAUGGAGAUGGAAAAGGUGCUGCAAACCUUGAUGACGGACACGGCUCCAAGCUGGAUAAGAAUGGCUGCUCAUGUCGUUUUCUCCAUUCUAGAUGUUGUUGAAAGAUAUAUUAUUCUGAAAAUCAAUGGAUCUAGAAGAACAGUGCACAGGGAAGUUGAGCGGGCUAGAGCGUUCGUAAACAGAAUCGUACAAGUUACAAUGCCGGAUGGAUCCUUAUUAGUCGUAGCUGCGGCUGAGAGAUGUCAGUGUCUAUUCAGAGCUCUUAGAUGGUGUGAGCAGUACGGAAUUGGAAAAGACGAUAAUGGCGGUGACAUAUUUUGUCGAAAUAAUUUUUACACUAUGGAACGUUUAUACUCGAAACUUCAAAAUGUGGAUGGUGUUCUGGGAGCUUUUGAAUGUCUUGCAAACCGUGUUGAUCCUAGUGCAGACGAACGAAUUCUAGCAUUGGAAGCAAAUGGAGAUUACAGCGAAGCCUUUUCGCUUUAUGAAAGCACAGCUGAAAAUCAGAAGAUGAAAUUGAUAAGAUGUCUACUACGUUUGAAGCAACCUAGUUUAGCGUUAGACGCGGCUACUUCGAUUUGUUCCACAAAUGAUCUGGACGAAGCUACAAGAGCACAGCUUGAGGCUUGUCAAAUGGAGGCUACCUGGCAUUUAAGAGAUUGGGAGAGAUUAGAAAAAAUGAUUGACAAGAGUGCCAAUAUUCUUUCGCUUCCAGAAGUUUCAUGGGGGGCUACUUGCGCAUCUAUCAUGUGCAGUGUUAAGAAGCGUCAACCAGCUGUUAUUUCUGCAAGAUUGGAAUCUGCUAGAGAGCGCCUAGUUGAAAAUUUAACUGCUAUGACUAUCGAACACGCAGAUGCCUACGCUCAAGCUUACAAAUAUGUAGUUCAGCUUCACAUUCUCGAAGAAGUGGACGAUGCUACAACAACCUUGAAGCUAUUGUCGAGCCAAGAGAGAGAGGAUGUUUCAUUGCAAACUAUAAUCUCGAAGUGGAAGUCACGUUCCGAAUCCACCAUGCAAUGCACUUCUACAUUGGAGCCAAUUCUACAAGUUCGACGGGAAAUCCUCGAAUCUAGCAGAGGUGAGGAGUACAAAAAGGAAGUAGCUCAACUUCUGAUUGAAAGCUCGCGCUUGGCUAGACAAGCCGGUCAUUUGCAGAUAGCAUGGACUCACUUGGUCGAAGCUAAGAAACUGAAUGUUAGUUAUAAAGAUGUGGGGAUGGAAGAGGCUAGAUUUGAAUUCCAAAAGGGGAAUCAACAGCAAGCUAUUGGAUUGCUGUCGAAGCUACUGAAGGGUAAAUUUGAGAACAUGAACAAACUGUUCGGAGUUUUCGUGAACGAAAUCGUUAGUGGAGUACCUGUUACUAACCAUGCUAUCCUUCAACGUAGAAGAGAAGAACGAGCAGCGUUUGCUGAGGUUCAACUGCUUCGAGCUGAGUAUAUAAUGAAAGCUGGUGCUAUGGGCGCUAGCGAUUUAUAUAAAACAUACAACGCUCUAAGAAGCUUAGAUGUUCCAUCAGAAGACCUUUUCUAUCGUGUAGCCGUUUUCAUGGACGGUAUGUUUGGAACCAAUGGAAAAGGAAAAACCGACUUGAUGAUCUUACUACUUGAUACCUACUGCUCAACUCUCAAGUAUGGAAAGAGUCAUUUAUUCCAUGCUUUACCGCGGAUGCUCACACUUUGGCUGGAUAUGACAGAGAAAAAGAACGAAUCAAUGCGAGCUAGAAGUGCUAACAACUUGAACAAUCCAGAUAUGGAAGCCAGUGAUCGAUGCGAUAUCGACAGAAUGAACACUUUCAUCAUCGAUGCAUUCCGUCAACUAUCAUCCUCAGAUUUUUAUACAGCUUUCCCUCAACUCGUUUCACGUAUAGUUCAUCCGGUAGAAUGCGUUUUCAACACUUUGAAGAUCAUUUUGUCCGAACUAAUUUGCAAAUACCCUCAUCAGUGUCUCUGGCAAUCAAUCGCUGUAUACCGCACAGGAGCUUGGAGCAAAAACAUAAGACAACAAAGAUGUACUGAAGUCUACAAUGUUGCUAGGAACAAGAGUAAAAGGAAUAAAUCUGGUAGAAGCGAAAUGGAAGACUUGAUCGAUCAGUAUGACUAUAUAUCAGCACUCUUGAUUAAAUUUGCCGAUGACAAAUGCCAGCCAGGAACGUAUGUGGACAUGUCAACUAGAUUCGCAGCUCUAUAUAAUUUCUUCAAACUAGGAAAAUUAGAUUGUUCUUAUUUAAUGGGAGCAAAAGAGCGCAGGGUAGAAGGAAUCCGCAAAGUAACGCCUUCGAUUAUGAUACCUUUGACGGAAAUGCUACAACAUGCUGUAACUCCAGAAAGGGACUUGAAGAUUUGCUAUAUGUCCCAAAUGGUCAUGUUACCCGACUCGCUGAACGAGGAUGAUACUAGUGUUCCUGAACUACUUGUUCAUUCUUUGGAUCAAGAAUACAUAGUACUCAAAUCUAUGCAACGUCCGAAGAAGCUGACUCUGCGAGCCGCUGAUGGUAGAACUUUGCCUCUUAUGUGCAAGCCGGGCGAUGAACUUCGUAAAGAUGCUAGAUUUAUGGAUGUCAGUAGGAUGAUGAAUUCACUUAUGAAGCAGAAUGCUGAUGCUCGUAGAAGGCAACUAAUGGUCCGAACCUUCAGUGUCAUUCCGUUACAGUCAGGAGGUGGAAUAUUGGAAUGGAUCAACAACCUCAUGCCAUACAGGGCGAUUCUCCAGCCCUUGUUUGAAGAGAAAAGUGGAGAAUCUAUCAAUGAGGCCUCAUGGUUCAAAAACUGGGAUGCUCAUGCGCAAGAGGAAGACAGGAUAAGAGUAAUGAGGACGUUCUUCUAUAAGCAUUAUCCAUUGGUCAUGGCAGAUUGGUUUAGGAGACAGUUUGCUGAUCCAGCUUCAUGGCAUGCCGCUAGGACUAGUUAUGCCAGCUCUUCAGCUGUCAUGUCAAUGAUCGGGUUUAUACUUGGACUUGGUGACCGACACGGAGAGAACGUGCUCAUGGAUGUUCUGGAAGGAUGUGUUGUUCAUGUGGACUUCAACUUGAUUUUCAAUAAGGGCGAACAAUUGCCUGUGAAAGAGUGUGUUCCUUUCCGUCUUACCCGUAAUAUGGUCAAUGGACUCGGUCCAACAGGUGUAGAGGGAGUUUUCCGGAAAGCCUGCGAAGUAACUCUGAAAGUAUUGCGUGAGAACAAGGAGACUCUAUUGAGUGUCAUUCAAACAUUCGUACAUGAUCCGUUAGUCGAAUGGAUAACAACAGAAGCGCGUACACAACAAAACAGGAGAGGAAAUGUGAGAGAGCAGCAGCAACCACCAAAAGCGAUUUUGCAAGCUCAGGGAGCAGUAUCGUUAAUCGAAAAGCGCUUGGGAGGUCAUAUAGUAACACCAGAACUCUAUAAACUUCAUUAUAAUUGUGCGCCGAUGAGCUUGGAAGGACAAGUGGACAAGUUAAUAUCUCUAGCUUCUGAUGAAAGCUUGUUGGCACAGAUGUAUAUUGGAUGGGCGCCAUUCAUGUAA